ACUCCAGCCAGUACUACCGGAUCAUCCGUGGAACGUUAUUCGUUGGAUCUCGACUGUGGUACGUUGUGUCGUGUGUUGUAUAUUGCUCGGUUUAUAUAUAUACAUAUAUACUAAAUCAUAUAUCAUCUCUAACAAUACAUAAAUAAUUUUCACCGGUAACACCGGUGAUAAUGUACAUUGUCAAUGUGACUUUUAAUCUCCGUGAAUUGUUUGUUGAUUGAAUUGAAGUUUCAAUUAAAUAUCUAACGUAUAUAUUAUCAAUACCGAUAGUAAUAUAAUAAUAUUUUCCACUCCACAAUAAUAAAUAUAAAUUACAGUGCGCAUAUUGGAAAAUUCCAUUACAAAGACUUUUAUUUAAAGGGUGAUAAUAAUUUAUACCGUGUCUUCAAUUCGUGAAAUAAUUUUUAAACUCAGGUUUAUAAUAAUAAUAAUUAUUGGUAUGGUGUUUAUUGGCAAUAAUAGCUGUCUUGUUGCUCUCGAGUGGAGAUCAGAGCCCGUGAAGGCGACUUGGGGAUUCAGACGCCGAUAUGAGGCGUAUUAGUGUUGGCGGUAUGAGCCGGCCGUCGAAAGCCGUGACCCAGGUAAAGAAGGUGGCACCACCGGCCGUGCCCGAUGUCUUCCGACACUCAGGUUCGUCCUUUGGAUCGGCAGGAUACGCCAGCAGCGAGGACGGAGGCUUCCUGUCGAGUGGCGGGGGUGUUCCUGGUGACGACGGGUCCUAUGGAAUGCCAGCGGGAAAGAGCCCGGGUCCCAUUUACACGCAUCCUGGAUUCGCAUUCCCACCAGUCGUUGGCAAAUAUGCCCACGCUGAGGAUCAAGGUAUCGACAUGACACAAAGCCCAGGACGUGACAGCCCAGGCAGCUCAGGCUCAGGAUCCGGGUCGAGACACUCAACCGCGUCAUUGGACUCAGGACGGGCCUCAGGCUACCACUUGGGCCCUCGAGGACUCGGCUCCGGAGGCGCUCUCACCUCCUCGCCGAGGUGUUCCAUUAGCUCGCUGGGAAGUCAUCCCGACCGGCCCUCGGAUCUUGAUGUCCACGCCUGGCUCACCGAGCUCCAGUUCGAGGAGUACUUUCAGCUCUUCUCUUCCGCAGGGUAUGAUCUUGCGACCAUAACGCGCAUGACCCCCGAGGACCUCACAGCUAUAGGUAUUAAGAAACCAAAUCAUAGAAAGCGUCUAAAGGCGGAGAUCGACAAUCUGAACGUGGGCGACGGCCUGCCAGAGCACAUACCCGGCUCAUUAGAGGAAUGGUUACGACUACUGCGACUGGAGGAGUACUUGGGAGCGUUGCACCAGCAAGGCAUGAGAUCCGUCGAGGACGUCACGACUCUAACUUGGGAGGAUCUCGAGGACAUUGGUAUCGUCAGACUGGGUCACCAGAAGAAGCUGUUGCUGGCAAUUAAGCGAGUUAAGGACAUACGAGCAGGCAAGAGGAUCCAGCCGCUGGAUUUAGCAAGACUUCCUCCGCAUCCUGGACACACUCAGGACGUAGUUAUCCAGCGAGGAGGCUCGGAUCUUCCGUCGCCGGACGAGGACUGCUCGUCUCCGGUCCUGAGGUCUUUCCAGCGGAACGAGUCCUCGCCCUGGAGGAGCAUGUACGCGGCUUUGCCUGCUGGAGUAGAUUACGCGACAGUGGGUCGCGGACCGAGAGGAAAAUCACUGGAGAGUCUCGAGGACGCUCCGCUGACUUAUCCGCCCUCACCGGCGCCGUCAUCGCACGCGGACACGAUAAAUUGGCGGCCGAGGUGCUUCGAAGACGGGGACGUCACGCCGACCAACGAAGUCUAUGAUAAGUCGAUGAUCGAAGCCGGUGGCAACACUCUUCCUAGACCCAGACACUGUCUCGUGCGUCCGAGACCCGUCGCCAAGCUGUUGGACCAGGUCACCGCAACGCCAGGACAGUUCAAAUCUCUUCCGCGAGACUUUGACAACAAGUACCAGCUGACAUACGGGCUGGAGAGCAGCCCACAUUUGUCGAAACGCCGGCCACCUUCUCCUCCUCGCCGUCAGAGCUCCAGAGAUUUGGGGAAUAAUGGAAACGGCGAUGUUGUUAUCGAUUGCAGUGGCCCGGUGCCUACCACCUGCGAGGAACAUCAUCUUCAUCAUCAUCAUUUGCAUCAUCAACAACCUCCUCCUCCCGCGCCCAGUGGAGCGCCUUCUACUCCACAAAUGCACCGGCCAUCUUCUUCCAUGUCACGCUCUUGGGGUAGUGUAAGUACUAAUGUCAAUGACGAACAUGAACUCAUCGCAUCACUCGCUCUUCAGCAUCGCAACGGAUCUGACGCUAGUUUUAAGUCAAGUUCGAGUACAGAAUCUGAUUCUCUACCAUUUGCGAAUGAGAACGCGGGUACAAUAAAACAACGUGUAGCGAGAGUUCAGGAGUACGGGCAAAACUCGCCGAAUUUAAGCGGUCACAUAAUGGGACACCACCAGCAGCAUCACUCUCACCACCACCAUCCGCAGCACCACCAUCACGUAGUUGGAAAUGAAUCCGGGCGAGAUGAGCCCGCAGACGUAUUAAAUGACAUCGGUAACAUGCUGGCCAACCUGACAGAUGAGCUGGACGCGAUGCUCGAGGAGGAAAAACGGCAAGGGCUCAAUUCAUAAUCUCCUCAU